AUGCAAGAAUCUUCUACUCAGGCAGGAAAAGAGAUAGAGGAACGUAUAGGGCAAAGAUGGGUUACUGGGGCCAUAAAAGAUAUGAUUACUCAGGCAGGAAAAGAGAUAGAGGAACGUAUAGGGCAAGAAUUGGUUACUGGGGCCAUGAAAGAUAUGGCAGGAAAAGAGAUAGAGGGACAUAUAGGGCAAGAAUUAUUUCCUGGGGCUAUAAAAGAUAUGGUUACUCAGGCAGGAAAAGAGAUUGAGGAACGUAUGGAGUAA